GUCGUCUUUCGGGGGCAACCGGCUCAUCCGGGCCACUUGUCAACAGACCCAAAGUUCCAUUCCCGCCAACGAUCCAUCGAGCUCAGAGUUGCAUCAUCUGAAACAGCGCCAGCGCCAGCGCCAACAUCAUCGUCAUAUGUCCUGACACUCUAUCCCAAUCGCGAGUUCUGUGACACCUACAAGACCAAGAACCCUCAAGUCAGCAGCAUUGGGGCCGUCCUCAUUGUAGUCGCCAUGUCAAUUCUGUUUUGGCUAUAUGAUUACUUUGUUCGCAAAGAGUUCAACUCAAAGCAACAACUUCUCGAAGCUAAACGAUAUUUCAUGCGUUUUGUGUCUCAUGAAGUCAGGACGCCUCUCAACGCUGUCUGUCUUGGUCUGGCCCUCCUCAAGGAAGAGCUCGACGACGCCAACGCGGCGCAAGAGCCACCCUGCAACAACUUUUCAUCUUCCACUUCCGCUUCCCUCUCCUCCAGCAUCAGUUCGUCAUCAUCUACCCCUGAUGUCGAAUCCUUUUCCGGCCUCGUCAACGACAUUUGCGACUCGGCCGAAUCUGCUGUCCAGGUACUCAAUGAUCUAUUGCAGUACGACAAGAUCCAAAUGGGAAAAUUCACAAUGGAAAACACGGUCAUCUCCAUCGUCGACCUCGUACAAGACAUUUCCAAAGAGUUUCGGCUCUCUGCCCGCAAAAAGAACAUUGCAGUUACCUUGGAUACCAGUCCCAUGAUGACGAUGCGAGAAACAACAAGCCCGGAUAGCAAGCGUCGUUGCGACGAGGAAAUGGGCCCAUUCCAUUCCCCACAGGACUUCAAAGUUGUGGGAGACAAGAUUCGAAUCACUCAGAUCCUUCGAAACUUGGUUUCGAACGCCGUCAAGUUUGUCCCCGAACAAGGUCACAUAACCCUCCGACUCUCCUGGGUUCCAAACUCGAACACGACAAGCCGCAGCCCACGCGGGAAUAAGGGAUGUGACGCCAGUUGGCACGAACGAUAUGCCACACUCCUGCAGCAUCGAGGCGAUAAUGCAGAGCCGCGCAACAAGAAUGAUAGCUACACUCUCAAGUCGGGCCAAGAAGUGAGCUACGAACGGCAGGGUAUGCUCCACCUUGAUGUAAUUGAUACCGGGGCUGGAAUGACCCCUUCUCAACUUAAGAAACUCUUCCAAGAUGGCGCCCAGUUCAAUGUGAAUGAGCUACAGGCCGGACAGGGAAGUGGCUUGGGGUUAUUCCUCAGCAAGAGUAUGGCCCAGCAGCACGGUGGAGAGCUGUCGGCGGCAUCGCAAGGGCUCGGGAAGGGCACCACCUUUACAUUCACAUUGCCCCUGUACUUUAUUGAAACCGAAAGUUCUCGUGAUACCAUAUCCAAGAGUAUUCCUUCUCCCGGCAGCACCUUGUGGAAGGGGGCGUCUACGACCGACAGAUGUAGUGAAAGCGACGAAGGACUCGACAGUCGUCCAACGAUCCGCAUGAAUGGCAGAUUAACUCCGGAACCCCACAACGAGCACGCAAGGAUACCCAUGAGUACAUUGUCAACUGAUCCGGUGGUUGACCAGAGCCACCAAAACUGUUCCACACUACCAUCCUGUCAACCAACUCCAACCAAAACACUUCCAGUUUUGCCCGCAGCAGUUCCCAAUGCUGCGAAAUUGUCACGGCAGCCACAACUUCGAAUCUUAGUGGUCGACGAUGUGCCAUCGAAUCGAAAACUCUUGGCCCGAAUGGCUCGUAACCGAAAGCACAAUGUGGAUGAAGCCUACGAUGGCCAGCAUGCUGUUGAAAAGGUGAUGGAGUCCUUUGCUUCAGACCAGGAAGAGGGAGCAGCUAACCCUUACCAGGUGAUUUUGAUGGAUUUCGAAAUGCCACGGCUGAAUGGACCAGACGCAACUCGUCGCAUUCGCGAAUUGGAAGGAUGCCAAGACAUAUUUAUAGUUGGCGUAACGGGGAACGUCCUGGCAGAGGAUGUGGCUCACUUUCUGGACAGUGGUGCAGAUCACGUUCUUCCCAAACCGGUAAAAUUCCCAGCAUUGGAAGCUUUGUGGAAAGACAAGUUCCCCGCCGCUGGUGCAGCAGACAACAAUGAAUUCGCAAAGGUACCCACGAGCACUUCAUCCACUGAUCCGGUGGUUGAUCAGAGAGACAAAAACUGCUCGACACUACCACCCCCUCAACCAACUCCAACCAAAACACUUCCAGUUUUGCCCACAGCAGUUCCCAGUGCUGCACAAUUGGCACUGCAGCCACAGCUUCGAAUCUUAGUGGUCGACGAUGUGCCAUCGAAUCGAAAACUCUUGGCCCGAAUGGCUCGUAAACGAAAGCACAAUGUGGAUGAAGCCUAUGAUGGCCAGAAUGCUGUUGAAAAGGUGAUGGAGUGCUUUGCUGCAGACCAGGAAAAGGGAGCAGCUAACCCUUACCAGGUGAUUUUGAUGGAUUUCGAAAUGCCACGGCUGAAUGGACCAGACGCAACUCGACGCAUUCGCGAAAUAGAAGGAUGCCAAGACAUGUUUAUAGUUGGCGUAACGGGGAACGUUCUUGCAGAGGAUGUGGCUCGCUUUCUGGACUGUGGGGCUGAUCACGUUCUUCCCAAACCGGUAAAGUUUCCAGCAUUGGAAGCCCUUUGGAAAGACAAGUUCCCCGCCGAUGGUGGUGCAGCUGGUAAGCACCCAAACUCAUAA